AUGAUUCAUUCCCACGGGAUGAUGCUGGAGGCUGGUGAACGCCGUGUGGAACGGCGAUACGCAUUCUAUGGCGGGUCAGUCGGACUCGCCAUUUACCUGGCGCUCGCCUGCUGGGCGCUCCUGCAGCCGCAGCCUGAAAGUUUCGAUGCGGCGUUCCAUGCUCAUCUCUCCGCGUCGGAUCCUUCCAUGCUCGCGGAGAAGGGGCAGGAUGAGGCCUCGUGCUGUGAGAGGUACCCCUUCCUGUCGAUGGACAUCGAGCUGGCAUACGAUACCAUCCUCUACCGCGCUCCUGACCUGCGGGGCAAGAAUUGGUGGUGCGAACAGAUCGUGAAAGGGAGGGAGAGCGUUCCUUCGAUGAGGAUGAAGUUCUACAGGUCGGAGUGGAAGAGCGAGGCUGAGAGGUCGGCAAGGAACCUGCUCAAGGAGUUUAUUGGCAAGGACGCGUCGUGGGGGGAGAUCGUGAAGCUCGCGAACAAGAUCAGGGCGGGGAAGGUGACUGGAAGGAUGGUAGAGCACCUGAAGAGGUCGAAGAACCUGCAGGCAGUGGACAUAGACAUGAAGGAGCUGGAGGAGAUGGAGGUGAUCGACAACUUUCCCCACAUGGAGAUCAUUCUGCGGGAGAGCAUGAAACUGAUCCUGGCGGGGGAUGCUAACGUCAUGCUGCUUGGGGACAUCUUCACUCCUGGAUCGGAGUUCUGGUUUCAGGCAGCGAGCGCUCUCGAUCAGCAGUUUCGCGCAUGCUACGCUCGCCUCCCCAUCAUCGAGAUUGACUCGUCGGAGACUGAGGCGCAGAACAACAAGCUGCUCCUCGUCCUCUCCAUGCAGGCGAACCCUGGGGACUUGUUUCAGAAUUGUCCAGUCGAUAGCGGGGACAAGGAGAGCGAGUUUGUGCAAUACAAGAAGAGGAUGGUCAGACACGCGAUUCUGCUCAACGACGACCUGGCACGGAGCGAGUCCAACUACUGCCUGUGCUCCCUGCGGUACAUCCACGAAACCUGCCGGAACUUCGUGGAUUUUAUCGAGCGCCUGAUUCGGAGAGGGAAGGAUAUAGAGCAGAGGAGGAGAGGGGGGAACGAGGCUGCCAGGGUCGAGGGGGCACAGGAGGAAGAGGAGGAGGAGGAGAGGGACAGGGUGAGGGCAGCGUUGUCUGAGAUGAGGAGCAUGGAUGGAGAGACUCUGGAAGGAGCAGAAGCUCAAAUCGUUGAGAUCUUUGUUUCCUAUCUCAACAGAAAACCGUCGACUGGGGACAUUUUGCACUACCUCUCGGCCUACAUGUGCUGGAAAACAAAGCUGGAGGACCUCAAACGCGCUAUCCUGCACUCCCCUGAAGCACAAAGCUUCCGAGUGCUCUCGCGGGUCGUGGAGGAUGCACAAGUCAUCUUCAAUGUCUCUGGUGAGGGGCUGAAGGAGGACGUGCUGCAUGCCCGCAGAAUUGAAGGACGUGGGAAGGGAGAGGAAGGGAUCAGCCGCUAUCUGUUCUCCUCUAUCGAAGUCCUGCGGGAGGAGGACGAGGGGGAUGGAAGGGGGAAGGAAGAAAACAAACGCAACUUUACAGACAGGCUCAGUGAGUUUGCUGGGAUUUUUGAGAGAGCUUACACACAGAAGACAAGUCGUUUUUCGUACCAAGACGUUCAUUUCCGUCGCAAUACGCUACAUCUGAUGAGCAACGAUGUG